UUGACUUCGAGAAUUCGAUCUCUCAUUUGUGCUCCCCCCUCCAAUCCUUUAGGCAUUCGACCUCGUUUAUUCAAAUAUCUCAUCGGCAAAAACCACGCAGAGUUCGCCAGUAAACGGCAACAGGACGUCCAAGAGUUCCUCUCCUUCCUUUUCUCCAUGAUUGAGUCAGAUACGGCCAUCAGACCCUCGAUGAAGGCUGCCGUUGAAGGUACUGGUCCUACGCGCACCGCUUCCUCUCCUCUAGAGGCACUGCGUUUUGUUAUUGAGGACCGGUUGCAGUGUGGAACCACGAAAAAGGUUAGGUAUAGUGAACGGCAGGAGUACCUCUUGUCGCUAGGCAUUCCUGUUUCGGCGGCAACGAACACCGCGGAGGUAGAGGCCUUUGAGCAACGUCGAAAGGCAGCCAAGGAGGCGAACCUUCCCUUCAAUGAGACGCCAGUCCCCUUGAAAAUUUCUUUUGAUGAUUGUCUCAAAAACUGGGCCUCCACAGAGACCAUCGCGGACUUCAAGAGUCCUGCCACAGAACCGCCCUUUCAGGAGACCGUGGCCUAUCGCUCUUCCCGCCUGGUCAACUUCCCAGACUUCCUGUGUGUGCAGAUGCUCAAGUUUAGCGUAGAUGCCAACUGGGUGCCCUGCAAGCUAAAUGUUGCCAUCCAGCUAGACAGAGAGAACAAAAAACAGGGGAAGGCGGAGGCGGAGGACAAUUUCCGUCCCUCUGACAACUGGUUGCUCGAUUUGUCGGCCCUGAAAGCGCUUGGCGGCCUGCAACCAGGAGAGGAAGCCAUGCCGGAUGUCAAUCGGGAGGCUGCUGCACCCGCCAAGGUGACUGCUGAUGAGGCCAUUGUGAGCCAGCUUAUGGAAAUGGGCUUCUCGCGGAACGCAUGUGUUCGAGCCUGUGUAGUGACAGCAAAUUCAGGCGUAGAGGCAGCUAUGGGUUGGGUAAUGGAACAUAUGGACGAUCCUGAUUUCAAUGAUCCACCCCCAACCGCCAUGGAAUCCAUGCUGUGA